UACACGGAGACCUACAAAUAUGCAGGGUAGCAGUGGGCGGAAUCCGACGUGACGUCCGCAGAUACUGACACCCCACUUUCAUACAGCGUUUUACAAACGUUUUCGUUGUAAAAACUGUGUAAAUCCCGGACCUAUGGCCACUGACAAAUCUGCUGCAGCGUGUUAACGUAUAGGAAAAAGACCCCAUGCAACUGGAAGAUGUUCGCUGCCCGGAUGAUGCUUUUGUCAUUCGAGAAAGAGGAGUGAACUUGCACAUUGGUGUACGAUGGCAACCCUGCUAUUCAGAUACUGAAACGUCGGAUGGUAGCUUUGCUUGUUUCGCAGCACACGCAGCCUCCUAAUCUCAAUAUGUCAACCCAAAAGUUUAAGAAGGAUAAAGAAAUCAUCGGGGACUACGAAACGCAAGUAAAAGAGAUUCGCAGUCAGUUGGCGGAGCAGCUGAAAUGCAUGGAACAGCAGACAGAGUCACGCCUGCAGCUGCUCCAGGACCUGCAGGAGUUCUUCCGCCGCAAAGCUGAGCUCCAGCUGGAGUAUUCUCGCAGCCUGGAGAAGCUGGCGGAGCGGUUCUCCUCCAAGAUGCGAAGUUCCAGAGACCACCGGAAGGACCAACACCUCUUGUCCCCAGUAAACUGCUGGUUCCUAGUCCUGAACCAGACAAGGCGGGAAAGCAGGGACCACGCCACCCUCAGUGACAUCUUCAACAACAACGUCACUGUGCGCCUUUCCCAAGUCAACGAGGACGUCAUCAGGCUCUUCAAAAAGAGCAAGGAAAUUGGAAUGCAGAUGCAAGAGGAGCUACUGAAGGUUACAAAUGAACUUUACACGGUUAUGAAGACAUACCACAUGUACCAUACGGAGAGUAGCAGUGCAGAGAACAAGCUGAAGGAGGCUGAGAAGCAGGAGGAGAAGCAAUUCAGCAAACUGGGUGAUUCCAACGAGGAUCGAGCACCACGACGCAGCACUGUUAGGAAGAUCGAGAAGAUGAAAGAAAAGAGACAAGCCAAGUAUUUUGAAAACAAGCUGAAAUGCACAAAGGCACGGAAUGACUACUUAUUGAACCUGGCGGCAACCAAUGCUGUUGUGGGAAAAUAUUACAUCCACGAUGUCUCUGAUAUGAUAGAUUGCUGUGAUCUAGGCUACCAUGCAAACUUGGCUCGCACCUUCAGGACAUACCUGUCAGCAGAGUACAGCCUGGAGUCGUCACGCCAUGAAGGCCUGGACAUCAUCGAGAAUGCUGUGGACAAUCUGGAUGCCCGCAGCGACAAGCACAAGAUCAUGGACAUGUAUAAUCAGGUUUUCUGCCCUCCCAUACGCUUUGAGUACCAGCCACACAUGGGCGACGAGAUUUGUCUGGUAACUGCUCAGCCGCCGGUGCAAACCGAGCUUCUGAUGCGGUACCAUCAACUGCAGUCACGACUCUCCACACUGAAGAUUGAGAAUGAGGAGAUGAGGAAGACUCUGGAUGCCACUAUGCAGACACUGCAGGACAUGUUUACAGUGGAGGACUUUGAUAUGUCAGAUGCAUUCCAGCACAGUCGCUCCAGUGAGUCCUUAAAAUUGGCUUCUUCUGAAACCUACAUGAGCAAAGCCAACAUUGCCAAGAAGAGGGCCAGCCAGCAGGACACAGAGCUCUUCUAUUUCACUAAGUUUAAAGAAUUCCUGAAUAGCACCAACCUCAUCACAAAACUACAGGCAAAGCAUGACCUCCUCAAACAGACACUGGGAGAAGGAGAAAAGCCUGAAUUUGGUACAACAAGGGGAAGACGGAAUGCACGUGCUCGAAACCAGGAUUCAGGCCAGCCUAUACCACUGGUUGUGGAGAGCUGCAUCCGAUGCAUUAACCUCUAUGGCCUCCAGCACCAGGGAAUAUUUCGGGUUCCAGGAUCUCAUGCUGAAGUCAAUGAUAUUAAAAAUUCAUUUGAAAGAGGUGAAGACCCACUGGCAGACGACCAAAGUGGCCAUGACAUCAACUCUGUGGCUGGGGUUUUGAAGCUCUAUUUCCGAGGCUUGGAGCACGCAUUGUUUCCCAAAGAAUGCUUCCUGAACCUGAUGGCAACGACGAAAAUUGAGUCAGGAGGAGAAAGAGCUCACCACAUUCAGCAGAUUAUAUUAACUCUUCCUCGUUCUACCAUUCUGAUCAUGAGAUACCUUUUUGCUUUCCUCAGUCACUUGUCCCAGUAUAGCGAUGAGAACAUGAUGGACCCCUACAAUCUAGCCAUCUGCUUUGGGCCAACACUUAUGCCCAUCCCUGAUGGACAGGACCCAGUGGCCUGUCAAGCCCAUGUCAACGAAGUUAUCAAGACUAUCAUUGUCUACCAUGAGCUCAUCUUUCCAAGCCCCCAGGAACUGGAUGGGCCCAUAUAUGAGAAGUGUAUGACUGGAGGGGAGCAGUACUGUGACAGCCCUCACAGCGAGCCUGGCGCCAUCGAUGAGGUGGACAAUGGCACAGGUCCGCAUACUAGUGAUGACGAUCUGGAGCAGAUUGAGGCCAUCGCCAGGUUUGACUAUGUGGGCCGCACUGCACGGGAGCUGUCCUUUAAGAAGGGGGCAUCGCUGUUACUGUACCACCGAGCCUCUGCGGACUGGUGGGAAGGACGGCACAAUGGUGUGGACGGGCUGAUACCUCAUCAGUACAUUGUGGUCCAAGACAUGGAUGAUGCCUUCUCAGACAGCCUCAGCCAGAAGGCAGAUAGUGAGGUGAGUAGCGGACCCUCCCUGGACGGCAAGGCCUCCUCCAGGAGUGACAUCCAUUCUCCAUGUGAGCACUCAGCAGACUAUGGCUUCUUGGGGGUCCUUGGAAGGGCGAGGUUACAGUCGGAUGGCUCAGCCAUUUCUCGACGGCGGAAUGGAGUCGACACUCACAGCCCCCCCAGGGGCCUGGAAGUCCCUCCACGCGCUGCCGCUUACCCCUGCAGCCCCCAUAAAAUGUCCACCAGCCUGCGGUGUGCUGAGAGUCCAGAACAGCGCCAUUUAGCUACAUACGCCAACGCGGCUAACAUCAGCCAUCCUGAGAGGAGGGCGUACCCUGAGGCACGUCCGUUGAAACCCACGCCAGGCUCCACUCGCCACAGCAAAUUGGCCGACCGCAAGUCCCUGGAGGCAGAAGCUCUUGCUGAGGAUAUUGAGAAGACUAUGAGCACUGCCCUGUACGAGCUGCGAGAGCUCGAGCGGCAGAACACGGCCAAGCAGGCUCCAGAUGUCGUUCUGGACACGCUGGAGCCACUGAAGACAAGCACUGAGCUGACCCGCCCACAGCAAACCAUCACGAUCCGUGACCCGGAUGCCGGAGUGCACUGCAGCAGCAAUCCCAGUCCAGAAAUGAUGAGCACAUUCAAGCCAGUUCCAUCACCCCGACUGCCUAGUGCACAGCUAAGGGCCUCUGGCAGGGUCCCCCAGAUGGCUCAGCAGUGCCCUAGCAGUCCCAGCCCGUCUGGGCGAGGCUGUCCCACUGUCCCACUGCCCAGGAAGAUCUUCCCUCGAGAUUCCCCUCCGGACACUGGGCCAGUGUAGCUCAGGUGAUACCUAUUCUGCCAAUCUGGAUCCCAUCAGAUUUGUUUGUUAAGCUGUUAUUUAUGUUGAAUUCUAUUUGUCAAUUCAUAGACGUUACCAAAGUGGACAGCCUUCGAAUAUUUCUUGCGCUUGUAGAAGCCUUCUUCUUUGAGGUGCCAGGUGACUUUGGAAUUGUGAUUACAAAGCAAUUGAAGCCUCCAUUGCAUUUAAAGCAACAAGUAAGACAAUCUAAAUCAUUAGGUAUUGCGGUGUACAGACAGAUGAAGAGAGUUUAGCAUAACUGCAUUGGAUAGCUAUCAGAUUGAUUUUUUUGCGAAUGCCCUUGCAGAUUGCAAAUACCCACUGCGGUUUACAGCUUUCAAGUUACGAAAUAGUUCAUAAAUGUAGACAAGCUGACUUGUAUCGGUGUUUUGAUUGUGUUUGUGGAAAGAAAUCCCCUGCAAAGCCUUUUUUGUCAGGUACUAUAAUAGACAAAACAGCAAGAUAAUGAAUGGCAGGAGUAAUAUAGCAAUAGUAAUAAGAAACUUAUAAGACAUCUGCAAUAAAAUAUAGCUUAAUACGGUAAUCAUGAUGUUAGCUAACUGGCAAACGAGAAUAAUGAAAAGCAAAAGUAAACGCAGUAAUAUGAACCUUAAAUCACAGAAUGUUUUCAGCUUAAUGUAACUACUCUCUGUUGCUAUAAUAACUAAGUAUCACUGGUAUUAAUGUGAUGUCCUGUUUUAUUGUGUGAAUAUUGCACUUCAACACAAACUCUGUUUGUAUAGUAUAGCUGCCUGUCCUGACUCAGUCUGUAUUCGGUAUGUAUUGUUUAAAUUAGGGUAAAUGUCUGCAUUUGCCAGAUCUUGUUUCGAAAGGUAAAUCAAUUAGCCUCUAACAGCUUCCUCACAGGUCCCCUACAGCACUCGGUCAUAUCAGCAAUGCCAGUUGUGAUCUGAAUUUGUUGUCACGCUAAUAUACUGUAGUGACAACCAUUCCCUGAUGUCAACAAAGACAUAAACAGUGUUUGUAGUAGAGCAAGAACCACAUGCAACCAUGUACUGGAAUAACUGGAUAAAUGAGAUCUAUAAAAUGCUGUGUGUAUAUAAAGUUAUUGGCUAUAAGCUGCCCACUUCACUGUAGUAUGAAAUUUAUUGCACUCAAGUAAAACAUGGCUUAAUACAUCACCAGGAGAUUCA